GUAACGUUAUUGGAUUCGUGGACCUAUUCCUCCCCAAUGGUUAUCUUCGCGAGUGAGGACUCGUUCCAUGCCUGUCGAAGAGACACAACUGAGACGUCUCGGGUCAGCCUUCUUAUCUGUGACUGGGAUCUGAGGUCUGUUUCAAGAGAUUCACUCGAGGAAUUUUUCCGCGCUCGGAAAGGACUGCCGGGCAUCGAUCCCAAGACAAUCAAAGUAGAUGAUAAGAAAACUCCACCGCUCUUCAACGCCACGGGAAACUGGAUUCAGUCAGUUUCUUCCAGCCCAAUCAAAAAGGUUCUGUUGUGACCAUGACCAUUUCUGUGCUCAGAGGAUUUUUUGUUUUCGAAACCCCCACCUCCCUUGGAGAAGGCGUAGCGAGGAUUCUUCCGGAUACUGCUACUGGAAUUUUCCGUGCCUUGACAUUGUCGCUAGCUCUGCACCAACUCAAAGAUCAUGGUCCUCUCGUGGGGCCCAACCGUCCAAUUGGCUUCAAACGCGGCCCUACGCGCCCAUCUCUCAACUGGCUUGAGGAGCGCCAAUCCUUAUCCUCCUUUACCCCCGAUUCCCCUUACCCAAAUCCAACGGUUAUCAUCAUUGGUGCUGGUCACUCAGGCCUCAUGCUUGCAGCGAGACUGCGCCGCCUGGGUAUCGUGACCCUGAUUGUUGAUAAACAGGAACGACUGGGAGAUUCAUGGAGGAAAAGAUAUCACUCGCUUGUCCUCCAUGAUGCUCUCUGGGGUAACGUAUUUCCGUUCCUACCUUACCCCGAUGAUUGGCCGGUGUUUCUGUCGAAAGAUAAGGUUGCUAAUUGGAUGGAGUCUUUUGCGAGCAUCAUGGAGCUGAAUGUGUGGUUGAAAUCCACGAUUGAGCCUAAUUCAACGUUUUACAACGAAGAAUGUGGAACAUGGACUCUCACUGUACGAACAGGGGAUGGGUCGAUUCGAAAAAUGAAGUGCAAGCAUCUUGUUCAAGCAACUGGUCAUGCAGGGGAACCGAAUGUUCCUAGCUUCGAAGAGGAAGGACUUUUCACAGGCAGUAUCCGUCACUCAAGUGCUCACGAUGGCGGAGCAAUGUGGAAAGGCAAGAAGGCCGUAAUUAUUGGCUGUGGCAACUCCGCACACGAUAUUGCUCAUGACUUCUAUAGCAAAGGGGCUACCCAUGUGACUAUGAUACAGCGUUCGGCAACGGCUGUGGUCAGUAGAGACGUAGGUAUCCCGAAACUCCAGUACGCCGCGGGUUAUCGAGAGGGUGGCCCACCCACAGAGGAAGUAGAUUUAAGCGUGAUUUCGUUCCCUUACAAGGCGUUUGAACCAUAUGCAGUGAUGACGCAUGCGGCAAUCAACGAGGAGGACAAAGAACUGCUCGCUGGCCUUGAACGAGUUGGCUUCAAACUAAGAGGAAAGGGGAGCCCCGGACUACUGUAUCAGUACUUCCGGUUCUCGGGGGGUCACUACGUUGAUGUCGGCUGCUCGUCCUUGAUCAUCAGGGGAGACGUGAAAGUAAAGCAAGGACAAGUCCAAAGCUUCGAGGAAAACGGGCUUAGAUUGACGGAUGGGAGUUUUCUUGAGGCCGACGUCGUCGUGCUAGCGACGGGCUAUAAAUCAAUGCUCGAGACUUGUCGUAAGAUCUUUGGUCGUCACAUAGCUGACCAGACAGCUGCAGCUUGGGAAAUGAAGCCUGAUAGUGACAUAUAUGGUGUUUGGACGCAUUCUGGUUUCCCAGGGUUUUGGUACAUCGGCGGUGGAAUCCUCUUAUCUAGAAUAUACUCAAGAUAUGUGGCACUGUGGAUCCAAGCGAUAGAGCAUGGUGUCGCGCCGAAGCGACGGUCAGUUGGUUCAUCAAUCUAUUCCUCGAACUCUUACUGA